UUGUCCAAGGACUCCUUUGUGUUCUGAACCUUGGCUUGCAUCUUGGACUAUGUGCAAUGGCGCCGGGGACGCAAGUACCUUGGUAUGAACAUUGGAGUGAUGGCGUCUACCAUCAUCCUCCUGGCAAUUGGGGCGUAGUUGUUGGCAAAGGAGACCUGUGGAAGACCCUUUCAGGCUCAACAAUGGAUGAAGAUAGAGUCCAGACUUCGGUCUUUCGCCAUUGAGCCCAAGAUCUUAGUAUCGGGGUCGGGGAGGCCGAUGUCAAUCACGUAUCUUUACGUCUGCAUUGGAGGGACUCUGGAUCUGAAUGAUGUUUGGAGAUGCCGUUUCCGGGAAUGACGAUCCCGGGGAGGCGAUUCCCCGGAAAGAGGGAAAGGCGGGGAGUUGGAGAACACGGAGUUCGCCUUUCCUUUGGACUGGAUCUCGAUGUGGCACGUCUU